AUGGAGCUGCUACCGGUGGACCUACUCGCCGACAUCCUCCACCGUCUCUCCGCGCACGACCUCGCCGCGGCGCGGUGCGUGCACAGUUCCUGGCGCGCCGUCAUCCACAGCCACCGCCUGAUGCAACUUGUCCCGCUCCCGCUCGCCGGCAUCUUCCUCAGCUUCAACGACCACGCAUUCUCGGAGCUCUUGGCCCGCCCCACGCCGCCGUCCGCCAAGGUCAGCGGCAAGCUCCACCAGUACAUGCCGACCGCUGAUCCAGUCCCCGUCGCAGACCACUGCAACGGCCUCCUCCUCCUUAGCUGCGGCUACGUAGCCAACCCCGCCACGCGGCGGUGGGCAACCCUGCGUCUUGGGUCAUGGAAGACGUCAACUAUCAUUUCUACUGCGAUAGGUUUCCAGAUUACGGCGGACAAGCGCCACCAGAAGAUAGAUUCGAGUGGGACUCUGACAACGACGAUGUUCUCGACAUGA